AAUUCACAGGUUUUUCAGCCUUAUGUGUUGCGAACCCGCAGGAACAGUACAACGGUUGUGAACCGUCACAGUAUGUUGCUGUCAUCAUCUCCAAUUCGAAUCCCUAGCAGCAGACUUCAUCAAAUCAGAAGGGAGGAAGGAGUGGAUUUAAUGAACAGAGAAACAGCACAUGAAAGGGAAGUGCAAACAGCAAUGCAGAUAAGCCAGUCAUGGGAGGAAAGCUUGAGUCUGAGUGACAAUGACUUGGACAAGUCCGAGAAAUCUUCCUCUCCAAAGAGAAUAGACUUCAUCCCAGUUUCCCCAGCACCUUCACCCACCCGAGGAAUAGGGAAGCAAUGUUUUUCACCAUCCUUACAAAUGUUUGUGAGUAGUAAUGGAUUACCUCCAAGUCCUAUUCCUAGUCCGACAAGGCGAUUCUCAAACAGGAGGAGUCAGAGUCCAAUCAACUGUAUCAGGCCCAGUGUUCUUGGUCCCAUUAAAAGGAAAGGUGAAAUGGAAACUGAAAGUCAGCCAAAGAGACUUUUCCAAGGAACUACCAACAUGCUUUCUCCUGAUGUUACACAUCUGACAGAUUUCAGUUCAUGUUUGUCUUCAGAUAUUCUCGAUAGGAGUAGCAGCAGUAUUGGUUCUUCCUCUGAUUCACUGGCUAAAGGCAGCAUUACCACAGAAUCUCCAGUAACAUGCUCAAACUCAUGCUCUUCAUUCAUUUUGAUGGAUGAUCUCUCACCUAAGUGACUUAAUCUGUUCUGACUCAGUGUUUGGCUGUGCUGUUUCAUUGCUGUACAUUUCUACAGAGAAAUGAAGAAUUCCGAUCCUUGAGAAUCUUUAACAUGAGGAUUAAAAUACUAAUGGAAAUUAAUGUAAUCUUAUUUCUUGACAACUCUUCCCAAUGGUUUUGAUUUAGCCUUAAUGGACACUUUAGACUAUAUUAAUGUCUGGUUUUGAUUAUUUUACAAACAAGAUGUCUGUUCAGUUUAUACUAACUUUGUUUUAAAGAAAAAACCUUUUGAUUCCUGAAUAGGCAUCUUUUUACAACGAGUGUUAUUAUUUCUAGGAAAAUACUGUGUACUGUUACUGUCAUGGUCACUUUGUCUGGAGAAACACGUGGUGGUUGCAGAGAUGUUUGGAAAUACUCAUUUAUUCUUUGACAUUCUUUUUAGUAGUAAAUUAGAUUUCUCUAGAUUAUUUCAUAAACAAUUUCUGGUUAGGGGUAAAUAUCUAAUUUCUCCCACUAACUA